AUGAUAAGAAGUUGACUAAUGCAGUGGGAGAUCAUCUCUGCUUAUCCACCAUUACAAAUAGUACUAGUUGUUAAACCUAAGCCAAUAGCUAGAGGCUUUGUGGCUGAACUAAUAGAAGAUGUUUGCAUCGGUUCAUUCGCUUACUAAAAUUAAUUCAGUUCGGACUCUCUUUGCUGAACUGAGAUUUCGCAAGCAUUCAAAUUUACCCGCCUGGAAAUUGGCUUUUAUUUCGAAAAAUUUGAUGGUAUUGAAGAAAUGCGGUGGGGAUCGGAACAAAAUCGUUAUGAAUCAUCGAAAAAGUACUGUCAAUGAAGGGAUCGAAGCUCUCGGACAGCAUGUUUUUGUCGACAAGUCCUUUGCAUUUCGACCCAAAUUUGCUGCUGGUGGAAUGGAAUCCACUCUCAAUCUUCUGAGCAAGUGGAUUGUGAUCGGGUGUUUCUACACGGUCAUCUUACUAAGGCAUGAUCCUAAAGCAUUGUGGUUGGCUAUGGGUGCUAAUCUUAAUGGUGGCCUAUCCAUCAUACUCAAGAAAAUAAUAAAACAAGAGCGGCCUUCGGCGACCUUAAAAUCAGACUUUGGAAUGCCUUCUACUCAUGCUCAGUCGAUAUUCUACAAUGUCUUCAUGGCCAUUCUCUCCGUAAUGGAGUUUCUCGGGAUGAAUGGAUCUGUCGCAACAAUUGCUGGAACCAUCUUGGCGUUUGGUUCAUAUUUUUCAUGGCUACGGAUAUCCCAGCAAGAUCACACUGUUAGCCAAGUGAUGGUGGGUGCCCUAGUCGGAUCCACAUUCUCCAUUUACUGGUUUUGGUUGUGGGAAGCAAUUGUGGUCAAGGCGUAUUUCUCAUAUUUGUGGAUUCGGCUUGUGCUACUGUUCGGAGGGAUUGGAACAAGUUUGCUGCUUACUUUACGCUGUUUUAGAGACUGGAACUCGGAAGCCAAGUGAUUUCUGUGGACAUUCUGUUGUAGGUUGUAAUAUAGGCGCUAAAUUUUGUAGCGACAGACCAGGGCCUUCUGAAUCUACAUCGAGCUCUUAGAUAAAAAGCAUCACUUGUGCAGUUAAUUCUGUUCAGGCUACAUUUGUUAGAUACACAUGUUACAUAAGCAAAUACACACUACCAUCAGACUCCAUAUCUAUAUAGUUGUUUAUCCGUUCCCGGACGAACUACCUUCAAAAGAGCAAGUAACAUAUAAACGGACAUAGAAAGACAUACUUCAAUUUCACAAACAUUAAAAGUACUUGUACCUGAUAUGGCAGGAAUAGAAAAACAAUGAUUCUUAUUUACUUUCAGAUACGCUACC